ACGAAACGCGGGCCCCACAACUGCUGAAGCUCGCCGUCAGCGGAGCCACGGAGCUCCUCAGGGUCCUCGCCCCCAACAAGAUGAGAGAAGAAGGUUUGAGGAGCGAAGACGUGGUUGCAGCUCAAAGUGUGGAUGAUGUCGUGCGGAUUCUGAAGUUAGAUUACGACAAUGCGUAUUUUGUGACAGGGAAAUUUACUGCAGACAUUUAUGUUGAAGAUUGUUUGUUUGAAGAUCCAACUAUCAAGUUUCAUGGUAGGGAUCGGUACUCAAAGAACCUGGAUUUGCUUGUUCCCUUCUUCGACACUCCAUCUAUUGAGCUGGAGAAGAUUGAGAAGGGCCAGGAUUCUGAUGUGAACUUUGUCUUAGCAAAAUGGAAAUUAAGAACAUACUUGAAAUUUCCUUGGAGGCCUCUAAUUUCUAUUAGGGGAACAACCACAUAUGAUCUAGACUCAGAGUUCAAAAUUGUUAGGCAUGCAGAGAGUUGGAACAUUUCUGCACUCCAAGCAGUUGGCCAAAUUUUCGCCCUGGGCUCAAAAGAGGGUGAUUAAUUAGAAAUUUCUUAGUUUUUCCGGAUGAUUUUUUAACGUGACAACAGUUCUGAUCGAGAUCCGCUUGCAGUGCUAGUGAUUAUUUGAUCAAAUCACAGGAGGAACAAAAGCAUGUGGCGGGAACGCCUCAUGUGGGUGAAUAGAGUGGGUUGUCUACAAUUUUUGGACCCUUCCAUCUUAAAUUAAUUUAUUUUUGCAUUAUCACCACAUUAACUUAUUGCUUAAAUUGGGUGUCUCAUCUAUACAAUGAUCAAACAAGAGUACCAUGUAGUAGUACGCUCCGUGAACGCACGACGAAUGUCAAAGUGUAGGGUCUUAUUGCAUUUUGAACACGAACAAAUUUUUUAGUCUGUUUUUUUUUUAAAUAAACAUCGUAGAAAAGUGACCAUGAUAGCUGUUGUGUAAGACAAA